GCGAGCGGCGGCCACCAGCGAGCCGAGCGCGCCCCCCGCCCGCCCCAGCGGCACCGCGCCGGGCGGCAUGGAGAAGGACGGCCUGAGCCGUGCCGACCAGCAGUAUGAGUGCGUGGCGGAGAUCGGGGAGGGCGCCUACGGGAAGGUGUUCAAGGCCCGGGACCUGAAGAACGGAGGCCGUUUCGUGGCGCUGAAACGCGUGCGAGUGCAGACUGGCGAGGAGGGCAUGCCGCUCUCCACCAUCCGCGAGGUGGCGGUGCUGAGGCACCUGGAGACCUUCGAGCACCCCAACGUGGUCAGGUUGUUUGACGUGUGUACAGUGUCACGAACAGACAGAGAAACCAAACUAACAUUAGUGUUUGAACACGUUGAUCAAGACUUGACCACUUAUUUGGAUAAAGUUCCAGAACCUGGAGUGCCCACUGAAACCAUAAAGGAUAUGAUGUUUCAGCUUCUCCGAGGCCUGGACUUCCUCCAUUCUCACCGAGUGGUGCACCGUGAUCUAAAGCCACAGAACAUUCUGGUGACCAGCAGUGGACAAAUAAAGCUGGCUGACUUCGGCCUCGCACGCAUCUACAGUUUCCAGAUGGCGCUUACCUCGGUGGUCGUCACGCUGUGGUACCGCGCUCCCGAAGUCCUACUGCAGUCCAGCUACGCCACCCCUGUGGACCUCUGGAGCGUUGGCUGCAUAUUUGCAGAGAUGUUUCGUAGAAAGUAAGAAAUACUUUUUGUUUCUGUCUGUCUCCCUUGGAAAGAAACGUUUGGGGUCUUGGAUAAUAUAAGUGGCAGCCUGGUAUCUCUCUUUCAAAGAGGAUCAUGGUACCCACAUCCACAUGCCUCCGGCUCUCGCUUCCAAGUCAGUCCAGAAACCGACUUGGAACUGGACCAGCAGCACCAGCAUCACUUCUGAGGCCUUACAGUGUCACUGUGUGUGGUUGUCGCUUCUGGCUCUUGGAAGCUCUGUUUGGGAAAGAACACUCCACUGUUCUUAACAUUUAUUGUUUCUGUGGGUGAUAAUAAAACAUGAAGCAUGUUAUGGAAUUUUUUUUUAGUGAGAAAUAGCCUCAAGGUGGACUUUCCCACGGGAGAAGGACCAAGGAUGUUAUGUAUAUGGAAAUUUUGAUGAUGGGUUGACAAAACAGAAUGUUUAGACGGAAAAGGAACAGGCAAGAGAGACGUCCGAGCCAUUUCAGAAUACUUUAAAUGCUGUCAGUUGGAGGAGAGAUUAGACAGAGUCAGGCGCUAUAGAGGGAGAAACUAGAACCAGAGGUAUUAAAAUUACAGAAAUAAAGAUUUUUGCUUAGAAGGCAAAAAAAAUCUAGUGACUAGAGUUACCUGAAGAGCAUAUCGGGGCUCGUGGAAAUAGCGCAUUCUCACUGGCUAUCCGAGAAGGGAGCAGGCCACUGCACACUGGAUA